CCCGAGACUGCACUGAAACACACAAUGGAGGACACACCAGCGCCCCCUCCACUUAGCGACUACGACCUAUCCACCCCAAUCUCAUCGACAUCCGGCCUACGUCAAGGCCUAGCCUCCUACGGUGAUGCCCAUUUCUCCUUAUUCCUCCGAAAAGUCUUCAUCAAGGCCCUGGGCUACUCAGAUGAUGCCCUUUCUCGUCCCAUUAUUGGCAUCAUCAAUACCUACUCCGGGUUCAAUCCCUGUCAUGCGAAUGUGCCUCAACUCAUCGAGGCCGUGAAACGGGGCGUCCACUUGAAUGGGGGUCUGGCGGUCGAGUUCCCGACGAUUAGUAUUCAGGAGAGCUUCGCCUAUCCGACGAGUAUGUUUUUGCGGAAUUUGAUGAGUAUGGAUACUGAGGAGAUGAUCCGGGCGCAGCCGUUGGAUGCGUGUGUUAUGAUUGGAGGCUGCGACAAGACUGUCCCUGCCCAGUUGAUGGGAGGUAUCUCGGCCAACAAGCCCAUCCUCCCACUUAUCACGGGGCCCAUGUUGCCAGGGAGCCAUCGUGGCCAACGGAUCGGGGCUUGUACUGAUUGCCGCAACAAUUGGGCCGCCUUUCGGGCAAAGGAAAUCGAUAUUGAGGAGAUCGCGGCUAUCAAUGAAGAACUUGCUCCGACGGUUGGAACCUGUGGUGUCAUGGGGACCGCCAGUACAAUGGCUUGCGUGACCGCUGCCCUAGGUAUGAUGCCACUCCGAGGUGCCUCUGCGCCGGCGGUCUCGUCUGCGAGGAUCAGAGUGGCCGAGGAAACAGGGGGAAUUGCUGUAGCGGUGGCACACACGGAACGGCGACCCCAAGACAUCUUGUCGAAGGAGUCUUUCCUGAAUGCCAUCACGGUGCUGCAAGCCAUUGGAGGAUCCACCAAUGCCGUGGUUCAUUUGAUGGCUAUCAUCAACAGACAUCCUAAGGUUCAAGGCGUGAUCACCUUGCAGACCAUCGAGGAAGUUGGUCAGAAAACCCCGCUGCUGAUCGAUUUGAAACCCAGCGGCGAUAACUAUAUGAAUGAUUUCCACAAUGCGGGUGGAAUGCUGGCGCUGCUGCAUACCCUACGCCCGCUGCUUCACCUCUCCGCCAUGACUAUUACCGGUCAGACAUUAGGCGAGGUAUUGGAUGCCUCUCCGUUCAGGACGUUUCCGCUCUCACAGCAGAUCAUCCGACCCCUAUCCGACCCUCUCUAUCCUGCAUCGUCGCUGGUUGUCCUUCGCGGGAACAUCGCACCGGAUGGUGCCGUCAUGAAGGCAUCCGCAUCCAAAGACCCGAGACUACUCUCCCAUAGUGGCCCGGCGGUCGUGUUCGAGAACUCAGCCGACCUUGCAAAGCGCAUAGAUGACCCAGAUCUGGAAGUCACGAAAGAUUCAGUCCUGGUACUCAAGGGAAUCGGACCCAUAGGCAACCCAGGGAUGCCCGAAGCAGGUCUGAUACCCAUACCCCGUAAGCUCGGGUCUGCAGGCGUCAAAGAUAUGCUGCGACUUUCCGAUGGGCGCAUGUCAGGGACGGCAGGGGGCACUAUCGUCCUCCACAUAUCGCCAGAGUCAGCCCUGCCCGAGUCUCCUUUGGGGGUGGUUCAAACCGGCGAUGUUAUCACUUGUGACAUCGCGACAAGAAAGCUCCAACUGGAGAUCUCCGAUGAUGAGCUGGAAAGACGCAUUGACGCGAGGAAGCAAUCGUUGAACAGCGACGCGGAAGCCUCACCGGCCAGAAGGAGGAAGAGGGGGUAUCGUGGCUUGUAUGAGCGAUCGGUGAACCAGGCCCAGGAUGGAGCCGAUUUUGAUUUUCUCACAGCGAGUGGGCCAUUGUCGGAGGAUCAGAACUGAAAC